UGAACGUUCUUCAUUCCCGAAACAGCAAGUAUUAGCUGGAUUGCGAUUAGUUACUUCUUUUUCCGCCACUGCAUUAAUUUCAGGGGGAGUUUCAGAGUUAAGGAUCGAAGAACAGUAAAAAAGAAAGAGGAAAAUGACGGUAGGAGCAGGGGUUUCUGUGGCCGACGGCAACUUGACGGUGUUGGGGAAGAAGGUGUUGAGCGACGUCCGUCACAAUGUCGUCGUCACUCCGGCUUCAGGCGGCGCCCUACUCAACGGCGCAUUCCUUGGUGUCGAAUGUGAUCAGAAGAGCAGCCGGAAAGUCUUCCCUAUCGGAAAACUAGAGGGGCUGCGUUUUAUGUGUCUUUUCCGCUUCAAAAUGUGGUGGAUGACACAGAGGAUGGGUACUUGUGGACGAGACAUUCCCUUUGAAACACAGUUCUUGCUUGUGGAAGUACACAACCCUUCUGAUCUUGACGCAGGAGAAGACCACGCUGCUGUCUAUGCAGUUUUCUUGCCUCUUCUUGAAGGAGAUUUCAGGGCUGUUCUUCAAGGCAACGAACAAAACGAGCUAGAGAUCUGUGUUGAAAGCGGAUGUCCUGCUGUUGAAGGAUUUGAUGGUACUAAUCUGGUAUUUAUUGGAGCUGGAUCAGACCCAUACCAAGUUAUUACAAAUGCUGUCAAGACUGUUGAGAAACACUUGCAGACAUUUUCUCAUCGUGAGAGGAAGAAGAUGCCUGACAUGUUGAACUGGUUUGGCUGGUGUACAUGGGAUGGUUUCUACACUAAUGUCACUUCAGAGGGUGUGAAUCAGGGAUUACAAAGCUUAGAGAAAGGUGGAAUUCCUGCCAAGUUUGUUAUAAUUGAUGAUGGAUGGCAAUCUGUUGGUUUGGACCUCAAUGCUGUAGAAUGGAAAGCAGAUAAUACAGCCAACUUUGCAAAUCGUUUAACGCACAUAAAAGAGAACCACAAAUUUCAGAAAGAUGGCAAAGAGGGUGAGAGGAUAGAAGACCCGUCUCUAGGACUUCGUUAUAUUACCCAUGAGAUCAAAGAAAAGCACGCCAUAAAGCACAUUUAUGUGUGGCAUGCUAUAACUGGUUACUGGGGUGGUGUUAAACCUGGUGUCACUGGAACGGAGCACUAUGACUCGAAGAUAACCUACCCUGUGUCAUCUCCCGGAGUUCAAUCAAACCAACCAGACGAAGCUUUAGAUACAAUCACCAUAAAUGGGCUUGGCCUUGUGAAUCCUGAGAAAGUUUUCCACUUUUAUAAUGAACUCCACUCAUAUCUGGCAUCUGCUGGUAUUGAUGGUGUAAAAGUUGAUGUUCAGAAUAUCCUUGAAACUCUAGGGGCAGGGCAUGGAGGAAGGGUGAAACUUGCAAGGAAAUACCAUCAAGCAUUAGAGGCAUCCAUCUGCAGAAAUUUCCCUGAUAAUGGAAUCAUCUGCUGUAUGAGUCACAACACUGAUGGGCUUUACAGUGCAAAACGGUCUGCUGUUGUAAGGGCAUCUGAUGAUUUUUGGCCGAGAGAUCCAGCAUCUCACACAAUACACAUUGCAUCAGUUGCUUACAACACCAUCUUCCUGGGUGAAUUUAUGCAGCCAGAUUGGGAUAUGUUUCAUAGCUUACAUCCAAUGGCUGAAUAUCACGGUGCAGCUCGAGCCAUAGGAGGAUGUCCCAUUUAUGUUAGUGAUAAGCCUGGGCACCAUGACUUUAACCUAUUAAAGAAACUCGCACUCCCUGAUGGUUCUAUAUUGAGGGCUAAACUUCCAGGAAGGCCAACAAAGGAUUGCUUAUUUUCUGAUCCUGCCAGAGAUGGAAAGAGCCUUCUGAAGAUAUGGAAUGUGAAUGAUUUUUCUGGAGUUGUUGGGGCAUUCAACUGCCAGGGAGCUGGGUGGUGCAAAGUUGGAAAGAAGAACCUUAUCCACGAUGAAAAUCCCGGCACAGUCACCGGCAUCAUUAGAGCCAAAGAUGUUGAUUAUUUGUCCAGAGUUGCAGAUGACAAAUGGACAGGAGACACCAUUAUAUUUUCCCAUGUUGGUGGAGAAGUAGUCUAUCUUCCACAGGAUGCAUCAAUGCCAGUUACAUUAAAAUCUCGAGAAUAUGAAGUUUUCACAGUAGUUCCUGUCAAAGAAUUGACCAAUGGGGUUAGGUUUGCUCCGAUUGGUUUGAUCAAGAUGUUCAACUCAGGAGGAGCCAUCAAGGAUUUGAGGUACGAAGAAGCUAAUGGAACUGCAAACGUUGUCAUGAAGGUUCGUGGGUGUGGCCUAUUUGGAGCUUAUUCAUCAGCUCAACCCAAGAAGAUAACAGUUGAUUCAGAGGAGGUGGAAUUCAGAUACGAGGCAGAAUCUGGGUUGGUCACUAUAGAGCUGAGAGUACCAGACAAAGAACUGUACCAAUGGAACAUAUCCACUGAUUUAUGAACAGGAGGAUCUUAGGAUUGGCUCUUGUUUUUUGCGUAGAAUUUAUUAUGAAUGUUUUGAAGAGUUUAUGUAGACACUUCAGAGAAAAGUAAUGAAAUGAAGAAUACAAAGAUUGCACCAUCCAUAA